AGGUUGGCUUUUGAAUUUAUUGAUAUUUUUUUCUGCAGUAUCAAGCUUUUCAAAGGCAAAUGAAAAGCUUGAAAGCUCGAUUGUGAUGCAAGUUUGUCUUAUGUAGUAUUUACCUUUACGCUUUAAAUUCCAUCUAAAUGUGUUCUUUACGAAGAUGAAAUAACGUAGAAUCUCAAUCAUAAUCUCAUGAUUUAUCUUACAUUCCUCAUCAUUUGUACGAGAGAAAAUCCAUUUCCAAGUGCAUUUCCCUUUAGCAUAAAAUUUAGAUAAAUUCAAUUAUAACUAUUCCAAGUUACCAUUUUUUGUAACAGUGAAAAGUUACCAUAAGAAUCUCAGAAAAUGAACAGCCACCACUGUUCCCAUAGUUGGAUGAUGAAUAAAAGGCUGAAGGGUAAGCCGUAUACACCCACCGAAGCAGAACAUAUAGCCAAUAUCUUCACUCAUGCUGCUAUGGUGCCAAUCGCUGUAAUAGCAGCUAUAAUCUUGAUGAUCAAUGCUUCCACCACGAAUUUGUUCUUCAUCGCAGUCAUGUACGGUUUGAAUUUGAUCAUUUUGUUUUUCAUUUCGGCUGCAUUCCAUACCGCGUUCUACUUUAAUGACGACGUAAGAUUAAUUGAAAAGCUGAGAAAGUCUGAUCGUGCUGUAAUUUAUAUAUUUAUCGCAGCUUGCUACGCUCCAUGGUUGAUGCUGGUACAGGUUCCAGAACAGCAGAUGUUUUCCAAUUUGCAAUGGGUGAUGUGGCUAUUCGCUGGCCUCGGGGUAUUAUUCGAACUGACUUGCAGUAAGAAAUUUCCACUAUUGGGGAUCAUUUGCUAUGUGCUAUACGCUGUACUUCCUGCUUUAUUUCUCGAUUACCAAUUGAGUUUUCCUGGUAUUCCGGAGCUGAAAGUAUCAGGAGCAUUGUACCUGAUAGGAGUUGUAUUUUACAGAUGCGACGGUAUUGUACCGUUUGCCCAUGCUAUUUGGCAUUUGUGCGUUAUUUUAGGUGCCGGUGUGCAUUAUGUGGCUGUUUUCAAUCAUUUCUACUCUGCAGAUUCGAGCGCAGGAGGUGUUUCAAAGAUGAGUGAAUUUUAAUAACUCUACCGCAUUGGCUGUUAUGCUCUCUGAGUAAUUUAUAAUGUAUUUCGUUGCCUUGUUAUAUAAGUCAAUGUGGUUGUAUUGUUUUCUCAGAACGCCUCGAAUUUUCCAUUAUAGAUUCCAAAUUAUUAUAUGGAACAACGAUUAGAUAACCCUUCCCUGGCGAUUUAUUUCGCUUCAAUCUAGUCUACCAUAUAAUUCUUAAGUUUACCAAUCUCUCUUUUUCUUUUUUUUUUCUACUUUCUUGUUAGCACCGUGUUAUACCUUUCACAGUAUUUAUGCGAAUUGACAUCGCGACUACGAAUAAAACUAGUCGAUUUGUUGGAAAAAUCAAACGGACGUGUAAUUAAAAUUAUAAUUAGGUUAAUUUGUCUUCUUCUUUUUAUUCCAAUUUAUUGUCUCAUAUAAAUUCGACGAACUUUGAACGUUCUUUUAUAUAGUUAUUUAAUUUAUUUAUUUUGCAACAUUGUGAUAUAAAUUAUUAUUAAUUGUUCGAAGACGCGCGGUGAGUAGUUUGUACUAAGGACUUUGAUUACUUAUGUUUGUAAUUGAUUUUUUUUUUCGUGUCCGUCUUCCAGUGGUGAAUGAAAAUUUAGAUUAAAGUUAUUUAAAAUUUGGGAAACAAGUAUUAAUUACCUACAGUGCACCAUUUCUUUUUAAUUAAUAGUUUCGCGUAAAUUUCCACUUCUUGAAUCCUUCUGCCUCAUUAGAAAAUUACAUCGUGGAAUGUACUUAAAAGUCGAAUAGAAAUAAUUGUGAUAUGAUACUCUUCCUUGUACUUUUAAAUUAUACGUGUCUUUAAAGAAUAAAACAUUUAUUGCUGUUGAA